GCGGCUAUUUUCAGGUGCACAACAAUUCAAAAAGAGGAACAUCAUGGGGAUUGCACGAAAAAUCUACCGUUUCGAUCAAUUUAGUUAGCCAAGUCAAAGGAAAUCACCCUCUUUCUUGGGCCUUCGUGAAGGAUAUAUGAACCCAACCUUCCCAAACGCCAAUCCAAUUCCUUGAAUUAAGAAACCAAUCCAAACAUGCAGCCCGUGCAGAGGAAACUAAUUCUCACACUGCUUGCGGUUCUCAUCUUCCCUCUCUGCUUCGAUCCAAAUGAAGCGGCGAACACCGGAAGCAAGCACUUUGUGCUGGUCCACGGAGCAAGUCACGGCGCGUGGUGCUGGUACAAGGUGGUGACCUUAUUGAGAUCAUCCGGUCACAACGUCACUACGAUCGAUUUGACUGCCUCUGGCAUCAACCCGAUUCAGGCUAGCUCGCUCCAAUCAAUUUCCGACUACUUCAAGCCCCUAAGAGAUGUCAUGGAAGGUCUAUCUUUGCGCCAGCGAGUGAUCCUUGUAGGCCACAGCUUCGGUGGAAUGGCUCUUUCUCAUGUCAUGGAGAGAUACCCAAAAAGAUUGCUGUUGCUGUGUUUUACUGAGUCAUCCAGAAGAGCAGGUUCUAUAGGAGACAGCCGCUGUAGCUAUGACAAUGGGCCAAACAACCCGCCAACCGCCUGCACAAUAGGCCCAAUGUUCUCGGCCUCGAGGGUCUAUCAACUCAGCCCAAUUCAGGAUUGGACGUUGGCCAACACACUGGUGAGACCGCAACGCCUGUUCAGCGACGAGGACUUGACGAGGGAAAUAACGUUGUCUGAGCGAAAUUACGGGUCUGUCCGAAGAGUUGCUAUCAUAUCCGAGGACGACAAGCUGAUAGGCAAGGACUUCAUACUGUGGAUGAUCGAGAGGAACCCACCGGACCAAGUGCUGGAGGUGAAAGGGUCAGAUCAUAUGGUCAUGAUGUCCAAGCCCAUGCAACUGUUCGCCCUCCUUCAGCACAUUGCCAAUACUACCCAUUACUAAUAUGUUUCGGGGCCUGUGGCCUCCGAUAUAUUCUUGGUUAGUGUUUACUUUUUCCUAGAUGCCAAUAAGAUCCCCAUACCAUAAUGAUCUGCUCUUAUUAGACCCGUUAAGAUGAAUGAUUGACCCAUU